CUGUACUGCCGGUCAAAAUCAUAACAUUAUAAAAAAGAAAAAAAAGGUGUUCAUGACAGGAAUACGGCAGCCGAGAACGGAGACGCGUAGCGCCAAAAAGAUCACGUGAUCUGGGUACCUCCUCCCCUUACCACACAUACCCUGUCCACCCACCCGCAGCCACCCCACUCACACGCCACGCGGCGCGGCAGUCGACAACUGCGUGUUUUACGGUCGCAGAUCGAAGCGCGAUAAGAGAGAGAAAGAGUGGGGGAGAGUUUAGGGAGGGAUCGGAUCACCCAUUUUCUGUCGUCAGCAGCAGUUCAGAAGACAAAGCUCCACACGGCACGACUGCAAGCCGAGGGUUAGGUAUGUGUCGUGUUCUAGCCUUCACUGUUCCCGUCUUGUUUUGUUUUCUGCGUCGAGUAGGCGGCAACCCCACGACUUGUGGUGCACAGGUAGGUGGAAUCUUGACUUCUGACUUGUCAGAAAAUAGCAAAGACGAGAAACUUUCGAUGCAACUAUUGCAGAACAGUAUAGGCGUGGACCUGAAUGACAUCCAUGUUUUGUGAGUAGACAACGAAAGAUCAAACGGGAAAGGGUUUGAGGGGAGGGGAGAUGGACAACAUAUCUACCCAAAAAAGUUCUAGUCUAAGGUCACCGACUUCUGGUGAACGUGGGUACCCGGGUGGCACAUAUACCCACCAGACACAUCAAAGUCGCUCGCUGACGAAAGAUUGGGCUACGUUGUUGUUUGUUAUCGGACGAGAGUAACAACAUGCUAUCACAACAUAUGGCAUAACUACAGUUCUCAAGACUUGCUGUCGUUGUUGUGCGGGUUACCAAACUGAAUCUGCAUCGAAACGAUCUUGUUUUCUUAGCUCCUCAGACGCCUUCAAAACAGUGUUUGAAAAAAAAAAAUCAAAAGAAGGAAGGUGUGUGUGCAGCGACCCUAAAGGUGGAGGGGCCUACCAACAAGGAUUUUGCAUAAUCAAGCUCUUCGGAAGCAUAUCCCGCAGUGCCCUGGGUUUUAUCCCCACUCUUACAAAUACCCAUUAUGCCUGUUAUGAGCAUGUGCUUUCAUUUUCUUCUUUAAACCCAUUCGAUGAUCCCGAUAUUCAGGACAUACGACUGUGAAAUUCGCCAUGGAAGUUCGGUGUGCAAAGAUCCUAGAAAGAAUGCACAACCUUGAAGUUGACGCAUGAAAGGGUGGAUCGAGGUGGUGGGUGGUUGAGCCUGGCUUCUGGGUGACAGAAUAACAAGACGACAGCUGCAGGUGGAGUGAGAAUGGUUAUUGCUUCGUACUCAUGGAUCGAAGUUAUUUACGGCAAGGGCUAUCAACUUUAUCGCCGAUGAGAGAUCGAAUUCGUAGGUGAUGUUUCAUUCUGUUAACGUGUUUCAUCUGUGUCGAGUCUGAGUACAGAACGGCCUGGAAAUGCUGUCCAACCUUCCAGGAGGACCGAGAGACUUUACCAGAUUUCAGACUGGAACUUAUUAAGGGUGUCAAGAGCUAAGACGAGAAAAGACAUGGCUUCCAGAGUAGACUCCCAGGUUGGUUCGUCCAUUAGGAGGAGGCACCAAGAUUCCGGUGGCUAUUAGAGCUGUGGCGGUUCCUCCGAUGGUCUCCAAUGCCAACAGGAGAGAUCGACUAAAAAGACAGAAUGUGGCAGCCUUGUCGGCCCCAGAACCACUGACCCUAAACGGUCCAGCCCCUGAAGAUGGACUUGUGGGCGCGAACACGGCACGAAGUACAUCCCUGGCAACAACCAGAAGUCAGAAUCCGCCAAUGUCCCUGGCCGUCAGGGCUGGCUUGCAGCGCGUGUACCUGGAGGGCAUGGAUUUCAUGAAGGCCAGGGUCAAGGACGUGCUGGACGACCUUAAACACCUGCAGUGCGAGUACUACAGCGCGAUGCAGCCAAACGAAGAAGAGUUCGAAGCCUACCUGAAAAGUUGCGACAGGCACCUCCUGCGGGCCAACGCGCAGCUGCGGAAACGUUCUCAGCAGCUGGAAGUCAUCGACAGCGAGACGCGGCUCGUCUCUCUUCUGAAUCAGCUGCGCGAGCUCGGCAGCGGCGACGAUGGUGAAGAGGACGGCAACAACGACGUCGAUCACGAGUGCGUCGCUUUUUUGACGGAGUUCUGGGGGAAGCUCAAAUCAGCCUUCGAGAGCCUGCGAGCCGUGGUGACUAAGUUCCAGGCCAACGUCCUGAAUCGCCUGAAGCUGAACUACAUCAGCUACAAUGACACCGACAUCCACCUUGACGUAUGUAUACAGUACACGGGGGAUAUUUCAGAGUACAUGAAGCAGAUCGAGCAGAUCCUCACUAAUGCGCAGAUACUGCUGAAGAGCUUCGACAGUGGAGUCCACCAGGACCUCUUCCAGAAGACACCCUUCGCCGAGCUCAUCCUGCUGAGCUGCGAUCUGAAGGCCUUCCCGCUGCUGCGGUUCGUCGGCGACGUGUGCUACAAGAUGGACUGCAUGUGCGACCUGGCGUACCAGUGGUUGAAAAGGGACGAGCAGUUUAUGCACGAGAUUCACGAUUUCAUUCGGCAGACGAGGACCAUGACCCGCAAGAGAGAAGAGGAUUUGAGGUCGCAGAAAGAGAAGCAAAAGAAGUACGAGAAGAGCCUGAAGGCUGCCACCAUCUUGCUGAAGAACAACCGCGAGAAGCUGCACAAGAUCGAGGCCGAGCUGUACGUGCUGGAGCAGCAGCUGAACGACAGCGAGCACGAGCGCCGCGUGCGUCACGACGAGAUGCAGCAGAAGGAGAGCAUGGCGGACUUCCUCAAGCUGACUUUGGCCAACACCAAGCGCAACUACAACCUGCAGACCAAGCGCUCGCGACUUGUACAACAGGUAAAGGAGCUGAAAGAGCUGCUGGGAGCCAUGGAGAAAGACCUGCUUGCCAUACAAGAUGAGAUUCACGUCAAAUCAGAGGAGAAGGUUCGCCUCUCGGUUAAGGUCGAAAACGGGGAAAAGUCAUACGAAGCCCUGCGCAGCGACGCGGACCGAAUCUCCGACAGUCUGGAGGAGCUGGAGUCCGAGGUGACGUCCUUGUCCGGGCAGCUGCUGCAGCUGGAGAUCAUCCACCACCUGAAGACGAGCCCCGAGAAGGUGGAGGAAAUCUACGAUCGGCCAUCGACAGUGAAGCUGGCGCCGUCUCUCAAAGAGAAAAUUAAAGAGAGGAAGAGACACGUUCUACCGAAGCCUUAGCGUCCGUUGAGAGUGAGGUGCAGGGAUGAGGGCACUGAAACCACAAACUUUCAUGGGAGGAUAUAUAGCUGUCUGCCUCCCGAACUUAUUCCGAGGUUCCAAGUAGCUUGGCGCGAAGCUUAAGGCCCUUCCGUUUGUACUAUGCGCAUGCUCAGUUGCCUAUCUACCUGGUAUUUAUUGUUUAUAAUCUACAGUUUGUUUUAAAAGGAAAUUUAUAAAAACAAAUUCACAUGAAAAGAAGGAAAAAUCUGUUUAUGGACAAUCACAGUGCAGUUAGCGUUGGCCGGAUCAGCCAAAGCUCUUGGGCAAACGAGAAUGGAAAUGGUUAGUUUCUCGCUCCCGCUCUCAGACUAUAUAUAUAUAUCUGGACUGCUUGCCGACGAAGUUUCCUCUUCUAAAUCGAGGCCAAAGCAUAAAUUCACUUCCGGGCGUCACGCGCAUGCUCACACCGUUUCCAAAACUGAUGACUGAUGGAAACAUAUCUUCAAAGUGACGAAGACAAUGAGUGCAUGGUUUGUUGAUGAGAGCACCAGAGUGCACUAUUUCAUUUCCGGGUGAGCAAAUGUUAAUUAAUAAUCAGAAUAGAGGAGGAUGAAGCUGUACAUAAUACAUUCGUUUUCACUUUUGAUGAGACUGAAACAGUCGUUUUGUAAUUGUGUGUCCAGCGGUCCAGUAUAAGUCAAAACCCUCAGAUUUAACCAACAGGGAUUUAAGACGGAUUUUUAGGAGGCGAGGGUUUGAAAUAAAUAAGUAAAGGAGAGCGCCUAGAAAAUCGAAACGCGAGUCUCUCUCUUUUUUUCUCUCUCUCACGAGAGAGAGGGAGGAAAGCAUUAAAAUACAAUAUAAUGUGAGUUCAGUCACGCUGACAGAGCUGAAGGGUUGGGGGAGAAGACGUGUGAAUGUGUGCACUCAACCGUGAUUUAUGUCAGCGUAGUGUUAGUAGUUAUUAAAAAAAAAAAGUUUGGCGUUUGAGGAUAAAUUGACCUUGACUUGGCACUCAUGUAGGAAUGGUUAAUAUUGUUUGUUACUUUUUUCCUAAAUGAAAUGAAUAUGGUGAAAAUAAUUUAUGGAUAAUUAAUACAUGUGUACCUUUGCUAAUUUAUUAACAAAAAACUCCAGAGCGCAAUAGUUGUGGGAAAUAGCGUGCAGUGGGGAAGGCUGAGAGAAUGGCAUUUGCAAAUUUCCUGUGAUGAAGUCUUGGACUCGGAACUCAAUAUUUGUGGAAGUCUUCGAUUUGAUUGUCUUGCUCAAUGUUGCAGGCCUAUUUAUUUUAAUUGUUUAUCAGUUGCACCUUACGUAUACAUAAUAUCAUUCUGUUGUCAGAUCUUUUAAGUAAUUUUUUUAUGAUUGCUGGAGUUUAAAAGUUCAAAAGAACUUACAAAAGGAACUUUUUAUUACUUCGUUUCAUUCUACAGCGUCAAGCACAAAAUAAAAAGAAAAUGUCGCUAUAACUUCCGCCUGAGCCCCUCUUAGCGGAUUGAUUGUUCGAGAAGGUAACCUAAUGAAGAACACACAAUUAAGACAAUUUUAUACAUAAAACACUUUUAUCACGUGGAAAUGCUUGAAUUUCCGGCAUGGUCUUAUUCAUGUAAUCAGUAAAAAGCAAAGCAAAACAAAA